CUCAGCCUGAAUCAUGUCUGCAGUCAGGACUACGCUGCUGCUCUGGGUAUGGGUAGGUGUAUGGCUCAGUAUCCAUGGCGCCCUGGUCAUAUCUACGGAGACUGCAGAAACGAUAAAACCUGACACUCCCAAACAUGUGGAGAAGCGGAGUAUAAAUGAUGCAGAGGUUGAAAUCCAGAGUGUGAAGUUGGAUUGCAAAGUGACGUCUCGCUUUGCUCACACCGUGAUGACCACCAAAGCUCUGAACAACGGCAACUCCUCAAAGGAAAUAUUCUUCGAGGUGGAACUACCAAAGACUGCUUUUAUCACCAACUUCAGCAUGGAAAUUGAGGGGAAGACGUAUGUGGGAGAUGUGAAGGAGAAGGAGACGGCCAAGAAGCAGUAUGAGAAGGCCGUCUCAUCUGGACAGACUGCUGGACUCGUCAAAGCAUCCGGGAGAAAGAUGGAGAAAUUCUCGGUUUCAGUGAACAUCGCAGCCGGCAGUCCAGUCUUAUUCACACUGACAUAUGAGGAAUUGCUGAAGCGCAACAAGGGAAACUACGAGAUCAUGAUGAGGGUCAAGCCAAAGGAACUGGUGCAGAAUUUUGAGAUUGUGGCAGACAUUUACGAGCCUCAAGGAAUUGCCUUCCUGGAUGCCCAUGCGACGUUCAUCACCAACGAGCUACUGCCCCUGGUGGACAAAACUGUGAAUGACAAAAAGGCUCAUGUGUCCUUCUGUCCAACGCUGGAUCAACAAAGGAAAUGCCCUGAUUGUGACGGUACGCUGAUCGAUGGGGACUUCAUCAUUAAGUAUGACGUGAACCGUGCAGAAAGCAUUGGGGACAUUCAGAUUGUUAACGGAUACUUUGUGCAUUAUUUUGCACCCAUGGAACUGCCCCGUAUUCCAAAGAAUGUUAUGUUUGUGAUCGAUGUCAGUGGAUCCAUGUAUGGACGGAAAAUGGAACAGACACGAACGGCUUUGCUGACGAUCCUGAGUGACCUUCAUGAGGAGGACUACUUUGGAUUGGUUCUAUUUGAUCACGAAAUCCGACCAUGGAGGCCAUCUCUUACCAAAGCUACCGAGGACAACGUGGCAGCAGCCAAAGAAUUUGUAGAAACUAUUAAGGAAAGGGGAAUGACCGACAUCAACGGAGGGCUCCUGACGGCCGUUGAGUUGAUUGACAGAUGCAUAGCACAGGAACUUUUGCCAGAGAAGAGUGUGACAAUAAUAAUCAUGCUAACGGAUGGAGAACCCAACGAAGGGGAGACCAAUCGAGAGGUGAUCAAACAGAAUGUCCAAAAAGCCAUUGGUGGAAAUUACACACUUUUCAACCUGGGCUUUGGUUAUGACCUUGACUACGGCUUUCUGGACUCCAUGGCUAAGCAGAAUGAUGGACUGGCCCGCAGAAUCUACGAGGCAUCUGACGCUGCAGAACAGCUGCAGGGAUUUUAUGAGGAGGUGGCCAGUCCAAUCCUGUCCAAUGUGCACUUCAAAUACCCUGAGGGAUCAGUAAACUCUUUGACCAACAGCGAAUUUAAGCAGCUCUUCAACGGUAGUGAGAUUGUGGUGGCGGGACAGCUGCUUGAAGAUGAUCUAAACAACUUCCUCAUUGAUGUCUUUGGAAAUGGGCUGGAUGACUAUGCAGUGCAGGGCAAGCCAAGUGUGCUGGACAAGGAGGUUGUAUUUCCAGAUCAAGAAUACAUUUUUGGGGACUUUACAGAGCGUCUGUGGGCAUACCUCACCAUCGAGCAACUCUUGGAAAAGAAAGAAAAAGGCACACCUGAGGAAAGGGCCAAUGCUACCGCUGAGGCUCUGGAUCUCUCCCUGAAGUACAACUUUGUCACCCCUCUCACAUCCAUGGUGGUCACCAAACCAGAGAAUGAGGAGAAUCCAGAUGAUGUCCUCAUCGCAGACAAACUCACUGAAGACCAGAGAUCAAGGCCUCAAGAUCAAGGGUACUCUACUCCUUCAUAUUCAUCCUAUAAUCCAACUUAUUAUGUUGAUGGCGACCCUCAUUUCAUUAUUGAAGUGCCAGACAUGAGAGAUGCGCUGUGUUUUAACAUCGACGACACAGCUGGCACUAUUUUCAACCUAGUGAGAGAUCCUAUCUUGGGGAUCAUGGUAAAUGGACAAACCAUUGGGGACAAGAAAGUCAUCCCUGGAGCCAAGGUGAAUACAUAUUUUGGCCAUUUUGGGAUUGUUCAUCGGCCUUAUGGUAUAGAACUGCUAGUCAGUACAGAUGGGAUAUCCGUGUUUGUGAACAAGAAGGGAGCAAAGUUCACCUGGACAGAAACCGCUUCAGUAAAAGAUGAGAACAUGGACCUGCAGAUCACAAAAGACCGCAGCCUGACCGUGGCGCUGAAAGACUCUGUGAAGUUCGUCAUCAUGUUGCACAAGGUGUGGAAGAAGCACCCGUACCACCAGGACUACUUGGGCUUCUACACACUAGACAGCCACCUGCUCUCCCCCAGUGUCCACGGCCUGCUGGGCCAGUUCUACCAUGGUGUGCCAUUUGAAGUCAGUGACAGCUACACAGGAAAGGACUCAGACAAGCCAGACGCAACAAUGUUCAUCAAGGGGAACAAACUAACUGUGACCAGAGGCUGGCAGAGAGACUUCCGGAAGGACGUGAAGAACGGGGAAAAAGUGCCCUGCUGGUUCAUUCACAACAAUGGAACUGGACUUAUUGAUGGGAGUCCUCAUGACUACGUGGUGUCCAGCCUCAUUGAGGCGCUGUAAAAAUCUAUCUAUGCAACAUUGCCUUAAGAUGGACACCAUAAAGAAGGGGUGUCAAGCAUACCAGUAAGGCCACAAAGGGACGUGAUGAAAGUCAACAAAGAAACAUUAAUUAGCCUAAAAAUGACACUUAAGAGCACACCAGAAUUCGCAUGUAAAGAGGUCUGGGUACACGUAGGAGGCAAAGACAGACAAAGGUGUCUUUGUCUGGAAGUGAAGUGAGACAAAGGUCUCACUUCCGAGAGGUCUGGGUACACGUAGGAGUCACAUCAGGACAUAUCUUAAAUAACGCUGUCUGAGUUAUUUUUGAGUAAAGUCAUUGUAAGCAGCAAUGCAUGCAGUGCAUUGGGGUAUUGAGCUCCUUCCUAUCCUGUAGUCCAGAUUGUACAGCUGGUCUGGAUAAUUGUGGGUGAAUGUGUGUGAGUGCUAAUGACGCUAUGGUAAUACUAAGGGGUACCAAUGCACAGAUGAUACCCUCACUGUUCAGAUCGUCCUCACCAAAGUCUAGUCAAGUCUAAAAUAUACUCAAUUUUCUGAACUUUUUUGUGAUGAACAUGAAAAAAAAUAAAAUUUAACGAUUUGCCUUCAA